AUGCUCACCGUCCAUCACCUCCGCGUCUCCCAAUCCGAACGCAUCGUCUGGCUCUGCGAAGAACUAGGCAUCGAAUACAACCUCAAACUCCACAAUCGCGACCCAAUCUUUUCUCCUCAAGCCCUCAAAGACCUCUACGAGAUUGGCACAGCACCCGUGAUCCAGGACGGAGAUUUGACCAUGGGAGAGUCUGCCGCAUGUGUCGAAUACAUCAUCCACAAACAUGGAGAUGGACGGCUUGCUCUGCCACCCUCACACCCAGAUUAUGCUACUUAUCUGUAUUGGUUCCAUUAUGCGAAUGGCUCGCUCCAACCGGGUGUUAGUCGUUUACUGUCGCUAAAGUCUGCGGGACUGGAUUCUUCCAAUGAUGUUUUUAGACGCUAUACAGCUAGGAUGGAGCAAUACUUGCAACACAUGGACGGGCAUCUGGGACGUGACGGGAAAGAGUGGUUGGCAGGUCAAGAGUUUACGGCUGCGGAUGUCAUGACGGUGUUUACUCUUACCACCAUGCGCACAUUCUACGGCUACGAUUUGAGCGCUUACAAGAACAUUUUGGCGUUUUUGAAAAGAUGUGUGCAGAGACCUGCAUACAAGAGGUAUCGCGAGAAGGGAGAGGAGGAAGGGUUCCCGCUUAUGAUUGAUGGACCUGCGCCGGAGAAUUUUAUUGAGAAGGUUAUGAAGAGGUCCAAGGCUUGA